CACAGCAUAGCACACCCGACAGACAGCUCAGAAAAUCGAAUCUUUUAGUCAAAUUUCCGGCAACACAAGCGAUACAACAACUUGGAGCGAGAGAAGAAAACAACAAGAAUUAUGCCGCAGUCCACAGUUUGCACAGUCCUGGUUUUGAUGCUGAUGCUGCACUCAAUUUGUUGCACUAGUUUGUUCAAUUUCCAGAUAUUCACCGACACAGCAUAUCCAGAUAAAUGUGUGGUUGAUGGGGCAAACAUUCGCUUGAUUGUCGACAGUGGCAAAACGCAGAGACAUCCUGAUAGGUGUGCUUUGAUCGAAUGCCAUCAAAAUGGCUGGGCCCUGGUGUACGAAUGCACAAGGAAUGCACCACCGACCUACUGCAAGUAUUCCGAAUUUAAGAACCCCGACGCCGCAUACCCCGAAUGCUGUGAGAUGGACAUAACUUGCAACGAUAUUGCUUGGGAAUGAUCUGGAAGUGGCCUUACCUUACCGUCUAGAUGUGUUUAAAUUUUAAAUUUUUGUUUGUUUUUGGAAAAGG